UGUCUGCGGCCGGCUCUGCGUGCACUUCCAAAAAGUAACACUGUUAACUUUAAGCAUCCAGAGCGAGGCCGGGGAGGCUCUUCACUCCCGACCCAAACAAUAGCCUCUUCGCUCGGUGCGCUGCGCCGCGCGGUGCCAACCCGGACUCGGGUGCAGCUAGCGGUCCCCGCGGGGUUCCGAAGGCGUGCUGCAGGCAGCGACAUGGGGAAGGCGGAGCUGGCGCGUUGGUUUCACCGCUCGCAGCCUGCGUUCGUGCUGCUGCUGCUCGGGUCGGUCGCACCGCUGCUGGUCCUGCCGGGGGCGCAUGGGCGCCUCGCCGAGGAGGACGAGGAACUGGUGCUGCCGGUAGUGGAGCGCGACCCGGGAGACCGGAACGUGCACCUCCGCCUGGACGCCUUCAGCCGGCAACUGAGCCUGGAGCUGCAACCGGACCGCGACUUCCUGGCGCCCGGCUUCACGUUCCAGACCGUGGGGCGCAGACUGGGACCCGACGCUCCAAGUCCCGACCCCGACGGUGACCUGGCGCACUGCUUCUACUCCGGCACGGUGAACAGCGAUCCCAGCUCGGCCGCGGCACUCAGCCUCUGCGAGGGCGUGCGCGGCGCCUUCUAUCUGCAGGGCGAGGAGUACUUCAUCCAGCCAGCGCCCGCAGCCUCGGUGCGCCUCGCCCCCGCCGCCGCCGCCGCCGCCGCCGGGGAGGAGCCGCCGACGCGGCCCCAGUUCCAUCUCCUGCGGCGGAGACGGCGAGGCGACGGCGGCGCCAAGUGCGGAGUUAUGGACGACGAGAUUCAGCUCGCGAGGGGCGCGGGCCCGGAGGGCGAGGAUGCCGGGGCAGAGUGGCGGCAGAGGGACCCUGCUCCUGAGCGCGCGGGGCAGCGAACAGGAAAUGGAAGCGUAAGAAAGAAGCGAUUUGUGUCCAGCCCCCGCUACGUGGAAACCAUGCUUGUGGCCGACCAGUCAAUGGCAGAGUUCCACGGCAGUGGCCUGAAGAACUACCUUCUCACCCUGUUUUCGGUGGCAGCCAGGUUGUACAAACACCCCAGCAUUCGGAAUUCGGUUAGCCUGGUGGUAGUGAAGAUCCUGGUCAUCCACGAGGAGCAGAAGGGGCCGGAGGUGACUUCCAACGCUGCGCUGAGUCUGCGUAACUUCUGCAACUGGCAGAAGCAGCACAACCCGCCCAGUGACCGAGAUGCCGAGCACUAUGACACAGCGGUUCUUUUCACCAGACAGGACCUGUGUGGGACCCAGACGUGCGAUACUCUUGGGAUGGCCGACGUUGGGACUAUAUGUGAUCCCAGCAGAAGCUGCUCUGUUAUAGAAGAUGAUGGCUUACAAGCUGCCUUCACCACAGCCCAUGAAUUAGGCCACGUGUUCAACAUGCCGCACGAUGACGCGAAGCAGUGCGCCAGCCUCAACGGCGCCAGCCGGGACUCCCACAUGAUGGCGUCCAUGCUUUCCAACCUGGACCACAGCCAGCCCUGGUCUCCCUGCAGCGCCUACACCAUCACCUCGUUUCUGGACAACGGCCAUGGUGAAUGUUUGAUGGACAAGCCCCAGAGCCCCAUACAGCUCCCCUCUGAUCUUCCUGGGACCUUGUAUGAUGCCAACCGGCAGUGCCAAUUUACAUUUGGGGAGGAGUCCAAACACUGCCCAGAUGCAGCCAGCACGUGCUCGACCCUCUGGUGCACCGGCACCUCUGGUGGGUUGCCGGUGUGCCAAACCAAACACUUCCCUUGGGCAGACGGCACCAGCUGUGGAGAAGGGAAAUGGUGUGUCAACGCCAAGUGUGUGAACAAGACUGACAAGAAACACUUUGAUACUCCUGUUCAUGGAAGCUGGGGGCCAUGGGGACCCUGGGGAGAGUGUUCUAGAACCUGCGGUGGAGGCGUUCAGUAUACGAUGAGGGAAUGUGACAAUCCCGUCCCAAAGAAUGGAGGGAAGUACUGCGAAGGCAAGCGUGUGCGGUACAGAUCGUGUAACAUUGAGGACUGCCCAGACAAUAAUGGAAAAACCUUUAGAGAAGAACAAUGUGAGGCGCACAAUGAGUUCUCCAAAGCUUCCUUUGGGAGCGGGCCAGCAGUGGAGUGGACGCCCAAGUACGCUGGAGUCUCCCCCAAGGACAGGUGCAAGCUCAUCUGCCAAGCCAAAGGCAUUGGCUACUUCUUCGUGCUGCAGCCCAAGGUGGUAGACGGUACGCCAUGCAGCCCAGAUUCCACCUCUGUGUGCGUGCAAGGACAGUGUGUAAAAGCCGGGUGUGAUCGCAUCAUAGACUCCAAAAAGAAAUUUGAUAAAUGUGGUAUUUGUGGAGGAAACGGAUCUACGUGCAAGAAGAUAUCAGGAUCAGUUACUAGUUCAAAACCUGGAUAUCACGAUAUUGUCACGAUUCCAACUGGAGCCACAAACAUUGAAGUGAAGCAACGGAAUCCGAGGGGAUCCAGAAAUACAGGAAGCUUUCUUGCCAUCAAAGCUGCCGAUGGCACGUACAUCCUGAAUGGUGACUUCACCCUGUCCACUUUAGAGCAAGACAUUACGUACAAAGGGAGCGCCCUGAGGUACAGCGGCUCGUCUGCCACGCUGGAAAGAAUCCGCAGCUUCAGCCCCCUCACAGAACCCUUAACCAUCCAGGUCCUGACCGUGGGCCAUGCCCUUCGGCCUAAAAUUAAAUACACCUAUUUCGUGAAGAAGAAGAAGGAGCCUUUCAAUGCCAUCCCCACGUUCUCAGAAUGGGUCAUCGAAGAGUGGGGCGAAUGCUCCAAGUCCUGCGGACUGGGCUGGCAGAGAAGGCUGGUGGAGUGCCGCGACCUCAACGGGCAGCCUGCUUCCGAGUGCGCCAAGGAGGUGAAGCCCGCCAGCACCAGGCCUUGCGCGGACCUGCCCUGCCCCCGCUGGCAGCUGGGGAGCUGGUCGCCAUGUUCCAAGACUUGUGGGAAGGGGUACAAAAAGAGAACCUUGCAGUGUCUGUCUCACGAUGGGGGGUUGUUGGCUCAUGAAAGCUGCGAUCCUUUAAAGAAACCUAAACAUUACAUAGACUUUUGCACGAUGGCAGAAUGCAGUUAAGCAGUGUGGGUGCUGAAGGAAAGAUGAGGUGAGGAAGGGCUGAGGCACUGAAAUCAAGAAGGCUGGAGGGAUCCAGUGUACCUUGCUGGUGAUGUUACAAUGCCUGUUCCCUGGUACUGAUUCAAUACUUUGUGCCCUGGGGGUUGGGAAACGCAAAGCAGAAGAAAGGUGAGAUUCUUAAUUUAAGGCAUGGCUUACUUUACCUCACGAACAAUAGAGGGAGAAAGGAGUACAAACAGGAGCUUUGACCAGCACGGCCUGUGGUUGCAAGGAUUCCACAGGAGGUUUGUUAUCUUUUCUACCGAGAGUUAAGAAUUCAGGAAUGUCAACCCUGGAGAAAAAGGCAUCGCAAUGCCAAAUGACUCCAUCGUUACCUUUUUGUACCACUCUCGCAUCUUCGUGAAUUUGUUUUGACAAACAAUUCCUUGUGUUUGUAAAAAAUGCAUUAAGUCUCCAAGGGAAAAAAGCAGUGAUGUAUCAGGUGCUGGUAAAAACCAGAGGAGGCACCCGGAGCUCGGUGCCUCCUACCUUUCUUUCCUCCUUGUGUAAGCCUAUGUUAGGAAUAUGGAAAAAACAGUUUGAGUCUCAAGAAAGUCAGCAAGAUCGCGCAAAAAGGUUCUAAGGCCAGAACAAGAAUGGGGUGAGCAAAACCAGAUCCCCAAUGUUUGGGGACAGUGAGAUCAUUUGUCUCGUGGUGGAGAGGCUACUGAGGGGUAGCAGGUCCAUCCCCAGCAGCUGGUCCAACAGUCAUAUCCUGGUGAAUGUCUGUUCAGCUCUUCUACUAUGAAAGAGAAUGACUUUUGCCAUAUGUAUAUAGUAAAACAUGUUCCUAUAAAUUCUAUGUACUUUAUAAGUAUUGGUUUGUGAGUUCCUUCUAAGAAGGACUAUAGUAUGUAAUAAAUACCUAUAAUAACAUAUUUAUUUUUAUACAUUUCUUUUUAAUGAUAAAGCUCUUAAGUUAUCGUGAUUGUAAAAAGGCAUAUAAAAAUAUAUUAUUUAUACAAUAUAUGUUACUAGAAAUAAUAAAAUAACACUUUUUGAAUAUGUUGUGUAUAUUUUUUUAAGUGGGAACUUAUUUCUAGGAAGGAAAUUUGAGACACAAAUACGGAAUUUGAAGAACGGACAUUUCCUUUGGAAAAAAGAUUUCAUUCUAAUGAAAUGUAUUUUCUGUAUCCUGGAUUAUGUGAUUGUUACAAAGAAAGCAAGCUAUGGUAUCUUUGGUGAUAGAUAGGUUUGUUACUAAUGUAUAAUAUAUACACAUGGUUGGCAGACUUCUUCUGUAAAGAGCCAGGUAAUCAAUAUUUCCAGCUUUGUGGCCCCUACCAUCUCUGUCACAACUACUCAAAUGUGCUGUUGUAGCAUGAAGACAGCCAUAGGCAAGACAUUAAUGAAUGGGCAUGGCAGUGU